AAGGAGUGACUCAUAGGGGGAAUGUAGAUAGUUUCCAUUAUUAAUGCAGAUUUGAUGCUGAAAAUAGACCUGAAGGCGCUCUGUGUUUGCGGUUGUCACCUGUCACUUGGACUUUAAGUUCCUCUGAGGCUAGAUAAUAAUUCAGCAGGGUGGGGGUUGGGAGAUAAGGUUCCUGUAGUUUUCAGUUGCUGUUUAUGUGAAACACAAAAAAACUGGCCGUGUAAAAACUGCUCCACAGAGAACAGGGUCUUGGACAACACGAUGAAAACUCUAACUGCUGCAUAAUGAAGGAACUGUCCUCAGAAUGCUUAUUUAGGAGAGGCUUCAUUAGGAGAGGGCACUUUUAAGAUGAUCUGUAACUUUAAGAUCAUUUUUCUUCUACAUAUUUAUUGGUGCUUGAACUUUAAACUUUGCGAUUCUGCAUGUGCACGAGCCGAAUAUGAGACCAACGAAGAAUGCUGUCCCAUGUGUGCACCAGGGAAUCGUGUUUACAGGGACUGUACAGAAUACACGAGCACCACCUGUGUUCCCUGUAUGGAUGCAACGUUUCUCGAUGCCCCCAACGGUCUUAGAGAGUGCUUCAGUUGUUCCCAAUGUGACCCUGGACUGGGUUUGAGAAUAAAGACCGCCUGCACACGAACAUCAGACACGGUUUGUGAACCUCUCGAAGGACACUUCUGUACGAGUGAAAACAGAGGAAGCUGUAUACACGCAAAAACACAUGCUAAAUGUAGCCCUGGUCAAUAUAUAAAACAAAGAGGAACAGCUUAUAAAGAUACAGUUUGUGAUAAAUGUGCAGAGGGAUCAUAUUCUAACGGUACUCUACAAAACUGCCAACAACAUACAGAGUGUGAAGAUCUGGGACAGAUAGAAGAAAAGCCUGGAACUCCUGAAUCUGAUUCUGUGUGUGGAAAUAAAUCUCCUACUGGCCUGAUAGCUGGAAUUAUUAUACUAUUAAUUGUAUUAAUUCUGGCUUUAGUAACAGCAGUUCUCAUAUACCUUGUAAGAAAAGAUAAGCUGCAGCUCCCUUUCCAGUGUCCAGCUUGGAUUAUUCCCAGACGUCCAGAACAAGAAACUGAACCUGAGGACGAAUUUGUAAACAAACCAUCGCACUCACGCAGCUCCUGUAAACCUGAUACAGAGAUUCCACUGAGUGGACCUCAGGAGGUGUCUGAAGAUGAGUUAUCAUAACACCAACAACAACAUCACAUCCAUGAAACUCAAAUCUACCACUUUUCACAAAAGAGACGCUGAACCUGACAGACACUACAGAUAUCUUUCAUCUUUCAGCAUUCCAUCAUCCAAAAAUGGAACAAAUAUUUUACAACUGCAAAAAAACAGCUCUAAACCUCCUGACCAGGAAACAUCUAAUCCACCUUUUCUCAGGAUAAAACCAUCGUGCAGAAGAGAGAGGAGUAAAUUCACCACAUCACACACGGACCAGAUCUCAGACUCACCAGAGAAAUCACCUGAAAUCAACAUAAAUAAAACAGGCUUCACUACUAAACAAA